AUGGAGCGAAGUGGAAGCUUUCGACGUAUCGACAACACUGAUACGGAGAACCUCACCCGCCCUGGCGGCGGCCGGGCCGAGACGGUUCGAAAGCGAUCUCUGGUCAGACCGGAACGUCGGCGCUUGGAUCCGGACCACCCGCAAUUUCACUACCACACCGCCUCGCAGUUGCCAGGUGUCAAUGUCUACCCGUCAUCUACAGGACACGAUCCGCAUGCCCAGACUAUUCCUCCUAUCCCCGAAGAUGCCACCUACAAUGGCGAUAUAGAAGAGGGUGGAGGGCUUGCUCACACCACAUCGUUCCGCAGCACCCGCGAUUUGCAUCGAGACGCCUCAAGACGUACGCUCCGCACCGGUCCUGAGCCAAAUGCUCCCACCGAAGCCCAAGUGGUUGCGGACGAUGACAAUGAGGCAGCAAAUACGGGCGCCGACGAUGCAUUUGAUUUUGCUGCAAUGGAGGUAACCGCGCCAUAUAUGCCGAAAGAGAAGGGAAUCUCCCUGUGGGCUGCCUAUUGCAAGACGCUAACUUGUUUUAUCCGCCCCUGGAUGAUGAAGCCAUUUGGCAUGAAAACCCCAGAGCGUCAAAUGGCCUGGAGAGAAAAAAUUGGCCUCAUUUCCGUCAUUCUUUUGGUGGGUACGUUUGUCGGUUACCUUACAUUCGGUUUCACUGAAUCCGUUUGUAAUAACAACCAGGUGCGUAUUCAUUUUAGCUCAAUCCCAAACAACAACCUGGUAGUGUCCGGUGCCGUUUACGACGUUGGCCAAUAUUACCAUCCCUCUGUAUUGGGCUUCCAAUCCAGUGUUAUUUUGUAUCCUCCCGUGAAUGCAGGCGGCAAAGAUGCCAGCUUCAUGUUCCAGAAUGUCAAUGGCAACUGCCUUGAUCUCAUCACCCCUAAAGACGACUCUUCUAUUCCUCAUGAUGGAAACAAAGUGGCAUGGUACUUUCCCUGCCAAAUCAUCAACCCCAACAACAUGACUUUGGUGCCUACAGCGAGUAUUUUGCAAGACAACAAUACAAAGGUUUAUAACGGUUGGGGCUGUCAUACUCACAAUAGCGCUCGUGAUGUGCUGUACAACUCCAGAAACCACACGGCUGAUGUUUACUAUACAUGGGAUGACCUUAAUAGCACGGAUAGUAAUCUCGUGGUGUACAAUGGUGACGUUCUUAAUCUCGACUAUUUGGGCUUGCUUUAUAGCGACGACCUGGACUACCCUCGCCAAUUUGAUGAGCUCCGUAACGAUAACUCGAUUCGUGGCCAGGAUAUCACUCAGAGAAUGGCCCAUGGCGCUGACCGCAAAGUCGCUAUGUGUCUACGUGAAAUCGCAAAGGUGGGUGUUAUUGAUACAGAGCCUAUUGGUUGCAUCGCUUCCAAGGUCGUUCUUUAUGUCUCUCUAGUUUUCAUCGUUGGCCUGGUUGCUCUCAAGUUUGUGCUGGCCUGCUACUUCCGCUUCUUCAUCGCUCGCCGACAAGGUGCUUCAGAAAUGACCAAUAAAGAGUUUCUUGAGCGUGAACAGCAAAUCGAAGACUGGGGUGAGAACAUUUACUCGCCAGGUCCCUACACUGAGCCAGUAGGAAUCAAAGAGCGCCGCUCUGGAAUUAUGGAAAAGCUAACUCAGCCUAAAGGUGCAGCCGCUGAGGCCAAAACAGCAAAGCGUAUCACCAUGUCCGUGCAAAAUCCUAGUAUGUCAACCUCUAAAGUUGUUCCCGGCGGCUCAAUUUACAGUCAACCGUUAUUCCGCCAAAGCGCAAUGUAUCCCAGCAGUGCGAUGUCUUUCAAUAAUGACAGCCCACUUAUGGCGGCCAAUACGGCUUAUCGCGGUGCAGAGCCUGAGGCCAUAUCUCUUAAUGAUAUGGCACCUCCCUAUCCUCCUCGUCAAGAUACUGGUACGCCAACCUCGUUUGCUUAUUCGGAGCCUUUCGGUAACGAUCGAGCUGUUGGCCCCGUAGGCGGUGACGAAGAGUAUCUUGUGCCUCAGCCUCCUGUUGACUACCAACCUUUCGGUUUCCCAUUAGCACAUGCCAUGUGCUUAGUUACCGCCUAUUCUGAGUCCGUCGAAGGUCUGCGUACUACUCUUGAUUCUAUUGCCACUACCGACUACCCCAAUAGUCACAAACUGAUUACCAUCAUCUGUGAUGGUUUGAUCAAGGGUUCCGGCAACGACAUGUCUACACCCGAGAUCUGUCUUUCAAUGAUGACGGACUUUGCCGAGGAACCAGAUCAGGUUGGUGCGUACUCUUAUGUGUCUGUGGUUUCUGGUGCUAAACGUCACAACAUGGCCAAAGUAUAUGCGGGUUUCUACAAGUACGAUAACAGCACUGUGCCAAUAGAGAAGCAACAGCGAGUCCCCGUGAUUUGUAUUGUUAAAUGUGGCACGCCCGAAGAGGCCGGUGCUGCAAAACCAGGUAACCGUGGUAAACGUGAUUCCCAGAUCAUUCUCAUGUCAUUCCUGCAGCGUAUCAUGUUCGAUGAACGUAUGACCGAGCUUGAAUUCGAAAUUUUCAACGGAAUCCGGUCGGUUACUGGCAUUGCUCCAGAUUUUUAUGAGGUGAUGCUGAUGGUGGACGCCGACACCAAGGUCUACCCUGAUUCGAUCACCCACAUGAUAGGUGAAAUGGUUCGUGAUCCUUUGAUUAUUGGCCUGUGUGGUGAAACAAAAAUUGCAAACAAACGCGAUACAUGGGUCACUGCUAUCCAGGUGUUUGAGUAUUUCAUUUCGCAUCACCAGGCCAAGGCGUUUGAGUCUGUUUUUGGUAACGUUACUUGUUUGCCUGGCUGCUUUUCGAUGUAUCGUAUCAAGGCACCCAAGGGAAUGGAUGGUUAUUGGUUGCCAAUUCUUUGCAACCCGGAUAUUGUCGAACGCUAUGCAGAUAAUGUGAUUGACACUUUGCACAAGAAAAAUCUACUGCUGUUGGGUGAAGAUCGCUAUCUCAGUACGCUCAUGCUUCGUACUUUCCCGUCACGCAAGAUGGUUUUCGUUCCCAAGGCCGCCUGUAAAACAAUCGUACCUGACAAGUUCAAGGUGUUGUUAUCGCAGCGCCGUCGCUGGAUCAAUUCGACUAUUCAUAACCUCAUGGAGCUUGUGCUGGUGCGCGACUUGUGUGGUGUAUUUAUUAUCUCGAUGCAGUUCGUGGUGUUUAUCGAUUUGGUUUCAACACUGGUCCUGCCCGCUGCCAUUUCAUUCACAAUCUAUAUCAUCAUCAUUGCCAUCGUGAAAAAACCUACUCCCGUUCUAUCGCUGGUCCUUCUUGCCCUCAUUCUUGGUCUGCCGGGUCUGCUUAUUGUUGUCACAGCAUCGAGGGCGUCUUAUAUUCUGUGGAUGCUCAUUUAUUUGAUGGCUUUGCCCGUGUGGAAUUUCGUCCUCCCAAUGUAUGCCUAUUGGAAGUUUGAUGAUUUCUCCUGGGGUGAAACCCGUACUAUCGAGGGCGGUGAUAAAGGUGGCCAUGACGAAGUCAAUGGUGAGUUCGAUGCUUCUCACAUCCAGAUGAAACGCUGGCGUGAAUUCCAGGAGACUCGUGCCACUCAGGCUUACGACCCUUAUGGCACUGGAGCAAAAUCAUCGCUCGACACCUACUCUCAACUCGAUACAACUCCAUCCGGAACGCCCUCUCUCAGAAGCUCAUAA